AUGUUCCCAGCCGCCGCGAGCAACGAUAGAGACCCUAACUCCGUUGAUCACCAUCGACUGACCAAGCCAUUUGCGCCCCCUCCGAAGGCCUUGGCCUUCUCAUCUUUUCUGUUCGACACCGAUUGGAUGGGGCGUGAGGUCUACGGUGGGAAGGCAGGGGAGGAUGCCUACGCUGCGGGCGUGAGAGCGGGUGAAGACGCUCUUGGGGAUUGUAAACUUUAUACUCGCGAUUGGGUUCGCAAUGACGUUGGUUAUCACCAAAGUGGCGGAGCACCAGCGGCGGUUGAACCCCGCCGCCGUCGGACACCCAAAAUCAGCUUUCAAAAUCACUUUUCACCCAAAAUCAGCAACUCCCGAUUUGUAGCCUCCUCUCUUCGCCUUUGCUCCGGCAUGGGCCUCCCCGUCGGCAAACACUAUGUCCCCGACAAACCUCUUCCCAUGAAUGACGAACUUGUGUGGGACAACGACACUCCAUUUCCCGAACCGUGCAUAGAUCGUAUUGCUGACACCGUCGGAAAGGCUCUAGAAAGUUCUCCCCAGCCACAGCAGCAAAUUGUGACAGAUCCUUCUUCUUCAGGGAAUGCAGGGAGCUCUUGGGAUGAUUUCUCAGAUACUGAUAUUUUUUCUGAUGAAGAAAUUGAAAAGAAUAUUUCUGAUUCUGAGAAUGAUGAUACCUUACGGACUUUGAUGAAAAUGGGAUAUAAGCAGGAGGAGGCUUUAAUUGCCAUUGAAAGAUUAGCACCUUGAUUUGUGUCCUGUGGGCAAUUGAGCCGUUAGACAAAUAAAAGAAUUGCUGGCUAAUUAUAUUUGUUUUCUAGGAGGUUUAAGGGUUGACAUUCUAUUUGUUGUCAGUUUUUGGAUAUUUUAUAUGUUCUCUUAGCACGAAUUUUUGUUACACAGCUAAAACACAUUCUGGAUGAAUAUUUCAUACAGCAAUUCCCAAUGUGACAAAUGUGAUUGGAAUUUGAAUACUCGUAGUUUCAAAUGUGAUUAUGAUUUAUGCGUGCUUGAAGAAUGAAGAAUAGCCUUUUUGAAAGAUCCAACACCAUUUAGUUUCUAGAGAUCAGGAUCAACUUAUCCAGCUUGGCUCCUAGUCAAUAUCAAUAUGCAUUUUAUUGAUAGGCUUUUGCUCUCAGUUGAGUCCUAGCUGCUGCCAUAAUGCAUAUCAAUAUGCAUUUUAUACCAUUGUGUACUCAAAAUAAUGGACAGAACAUAAGUGCAUAGUAGUUUCCCUUUCCUGGAAAUUAACUGUUGCAAUGUCCAAAGCAGAGACAAAUUCGUUUGUGUUUGGAACCUUAGGAAUAUACUGCAAUCACUUCUUGUCAAACCAAGUAAAAUUUUUUACGAAGUUAAUUGCUAACACUAUAAUCAGGAUUUACAUGCAGAUGUAACAACCAUAGGUCAUGUGUUAUAUAAUCAUCUUUAAUGUUGCUACUGUUUUAGAAUAUUGGUGUAGUUUGUACAAUCAAUUAAUAGAUAAUAAAUUUUGCUAUUUUUUGCCAAAUUUCGUCUUAAUCAUGGUUAUCAGAAUUGAGUGUUUACUCGUAAAAACGCACUAGUUUAUGAGUGUAGUAACACAAACCUGUUCAACUUGUAAGUAAACUCGUUUUGAAUUUGAUUGGAUUGGAUGCUAUUCUUCUCAUUUCCUGCUUACGGAUGUAUGUUGCAGCAAUUACAAUGCUGUAACAUUUUCCUUUUGUCCUAUGGUUUAGUUCUCUUAUUUCCUAGUUGUUAAUUUUCAUUUGUCAUCAACUUUAUUUUCUAUUUCGUAGUUUAUUGCUGUUUAUAGGGUUUAUUCUUCUUUU